GCGGCGGCGAUCGUCGCAACGAACCUUCAAAAAGUCGCCGACGAGAAGAACACAGCGACAAAAGCGGUUCGUCCUCUUUGUCUUCACUAUUCAGAUUCAGAUCUGAUCAUGGUCCCUCCUCCUUCGGCGUUUUCUCUCAUCAUUGGAGCUUCGAAUCGUAAGAUCCAAAGAAGAGAGCCGAGCUGCACAAAUUAGAAGCCUGUUCUGUAUGCUUCGUGCCGCGUGAUGUGUUAAAAUAGAUCCUAUUUUGCCCGGCAAUCCACACACUGGUUAGACUCUGUAUGAACGGAUCAGCCAGAACUCAUUUCAUCUACCUCGGGAUCAUUUCGCAUUUUCAGCUGCAGCCACACCACGCAAGAAGGAAAUGGUUCUGUGACGGUUCUGUCGAGUAGCUGUAAAACUGCUCUUGCCGCGCCCCGAUCUCUGCCUCAAUUGAAUGAAAAGGCAGAGCAAAAGAAACAAACACAUAUCUUGGAGAUGAUGGCAAGGUUGGUCGCACAUAGAACACGAGGAUUUCAAUGAUUCUGUAACGAGAAAAGAGACCAGAUUUGUUUGUGCAAAUUGAUGUGACAUACGCUAUAUACAGUGUUAAUUCGUCGCAUUUCGUCACGGAACAUGCAAUGAUUCUUAUAAUGACCAAUCUCCCACGUUAUGCCCGCUCACCUCAUGGACAUGAAUCUCUAGGACAUAUUCCUCCUUGAUUUAGGAGAAGAAGAUUAUGGUACGAACACUUCAUAUGCUUCGUUAAGAUCGCAAGACAAAAAAUAAGAUGAUAAAUGACGAUUUCUUUUGUCCUGAUUAUGUGAUUGGGAAUUAUAUUGUAUUGUACUAUGAUCUACGCUUGGAAGACGCUACAAUUCUUGCAAUUCCCGUCAUGACUAUGUAGAACCCCCCCUUAAACAAAACCUAUAAGCCUUGGUUACAAUCUGUGCUUUAAUGGGGAAUCCGGAUAGCUCUUUCGGAGACACCAAAUUGAUCGUCCUCCUAAUCGGGGUGGCGUCGGCCGCACUCGUCAUGACGAUCUACCAUUGCAUAUCCGUCGGCUGGUGCCGUCAACGCCCUGGCAACAACCGGCCUCAGCGGCUACGGGAGGCCUUCGAGACACCGAGCAGCAUCGAGAACUUGACCAUUCACCUGGUUCCGGCCCACAAGUAUCAGAAAGGUGACGAGGUAGUGGGCGAGGAUGAGUUGUGCGCGAUAUGCUUGAGCGAAUUCGAAGAGGGAGAGGAGCUGCGCACCUUGCCGGAGUGCCUGCACUCGUUCCACGCGCCGUGCAUCGACAUGUGGCUGUACUCGCACACGAGCUGCCCGAUGUGCCGCUCCGACGCCACCCCGUCACCGCAAAUAAUCCCAAUGAGGAGGCUCGGCUCGGCCGGCAGCGAGGAGGUGGAUGAAGAGGUCGCUGUUACAUUGGAAGGCAUCGUCGUACAAUCUCAUCAAGUAUUGUGAAAUUGCCUCUACUGCUUUCUUUGUUUUACUCGAAGAGAACUACAAUUUCAUUGCAUGAAAUGGAGUAGAGAAAAGAAGCAAGAAGCACCAAUUUUCUAAACAAGCGCAAUCCAUA